AUGAUCUCUCUGUCUAGACUUCUCGCCUUCGCUGGCCUAGCUGUUUCUCUCGCAGAAUGUUCAGGCCUCGUCGCACCGGCGUAUCAGGGCGUACCUGCCACUGUUAACGACCCGCCUGACUUUAAUGGAACCUCUACGGACUCGUCUUCCAUUACCUCGACCGCUCUUCAGGUGGAUCAAAAGGCGGGUGCAACGGGAGACGCUCCUCCAGAUCAACCAGUCGCAAAUACCACGGUUACCGCUGUUGACGGUAAUCUGGUGAACGCCACAAUCCCGACCCCUGCCUCUCGCCGCGAUUUGGACGCGAGGGGUUCUGAGUCGCAUCUUACGCGUAGAAACAAUUCGAACUACGAAUUGGUCUUUUGGGGAACCGGAACCGGGCCCAACGACCGUGAUGCGGCUAUUGAGGGAACAGCGUACCUGACCUACACAGUUGUCAGCAACACUACAUACGAUAUUGACGACUGUCUUGCGUUCUGUGACAGCGUCGAGGAUUGUGUUUUUGCAAAUCUGUACUACGAAUUCAACAACCCUUUGCUGGACUUUGUUUUCUCGCAAAAGUCCAACUUGAAGUGCGCUCUUUACGCCGAUGUCCAUUCUGCUGCCGAGAAAACAAACUUCGGUGGUCAAGCUCUCGAGCCCAGCCCCGCGCCACUCAACUUCAUCCAACAAAGUAGUGGAUGGGCUGCAAAGUCACUUGUAGAUCCCACGACUCCUCCGGGCUACACACAAACCUUUGGUCCGACUGGUGGAGCGAAUAAUGCGCCAGGCUACAUGGGCUUUGCAUUCAUUGACAAAUACGACGUUCAAGCAUGUGCUGAUCUUUGUGACACUCGUGGCGCAGACCCAGUCGGUGGCGCAUGUGAAUACUUCAAUAUCUGGAGAGCCACUGUAAACGGAAUUCCUACCACUUACACUUGUUCUAUGUACUUCAUACCCGCUGACAACUCUACCGCUGUCAACUUUGGCCAAGGAGACCUCCUCGUAACGGAAUCACGAGGAUACAAGCGAAACAACCUUAUCGUUGAUGGUGGCUUCGAGGGAUACACCUGCGGCACUUCUGCCGAAGUUCCAUUCUGCUUCACUCCAGGUUACAGUGCCUGGCAGGGAACCUCUUCUCCCAACGGUAACCUGGAUGCCUCUAUCUUCAACUUCGAGCCGUACGCCCACACUGGAAACGCCGUCGCACUCCUAGGUUCGGCUUAUGGCUCUGACGAUCUUCCCGGAACGCUUGCACCAACUGUCCCUAUAGCAACGGAAGCUGGUCAGUCGUACACACUUCAAUUCUUCCACUCCAGUUUCUACUCUGGUGAAGAAGCCGAAGCCCCGGCUACUCUGGAGAUCAUUUGGAAUGGGGAGAGUGUAGACACUAUCCACCCGGGUUUCAGCCAGUGGACUCCGCACCAGUACACUGUUGUUGCUCAAGGCAAUGACCUGCUUCAAUUCAAGGGCGGAGCUGCCCCUGCAUACGUCUUCAUUGACGAUGUCUCCCUCUUCCCAUUGUGA